AUGACCAACCACGAAGCUCCCAAUUCUGGCCCUUCCCAAGAAGAAUCUGUGCAGCCACUGUCCGAGAUAAUGUGCAACUGUGAGCUAUGCUAUGCAAGAUUGUGCGUAUCAGCCAAAUCUUAUACAGAUGAUGACUCAAUGUAUAACCUUGAUCCACUUGACAAUGUCCAGUUUCCUAUGAAUCCGAAAAUGUUGACGCCUUAUUUUGCAUGUGGAUACAAUUUAACUAGCAGCUCAGUGUGCGGUGGUGCUAAUUCCCCUCCAAUAAACAAAUUACCUUUUCAAAUUGAGAUGAGUCCUGAGGCAUUAUUGACCAUGUACCCAUCUCCUGGAUGGCAUUACUGUUCGAAGAUGGUGGGGCAGAUGCCUUUCGAAGGCGACUUUGGUUUGGCGGCAAUGUCAAUCAGUCCCCAGCUGUAUUUAUCCAAAGAAUCAGUCCUUCACCUGAGACUUUCAGCCUAUGUUGUGCUCGAAAGAUCAGGAACGGCUUACCGUUUGAUUAACUACCGCAACAAUUCUGCGCUGGCACUAAGCGAAAACGGCCAAUAUGGAUACGUGUACCACUUUAAUUGCCGGGGUUUGAUUAACAUUCAUCACGAGAAACUCUCAAUCACAUUUGAUAAGGAGCGGCAAAUACUUUUGCGGACAGAAAAACCAAGUUUCGUGAAGAAGGAAAAUGAGUACUAUCGUCUGACAAUGCAUCAUUGGGCGCCCUGCAGACCAGUGUCGAUGGAUUUCUUCGAUCGCGAUCGAACGCCGGAGAUCCUGAAGAAGUCUGGGUCAGACAGAGCAACCGAUGAGGCGAAGCUGAUGGACCUGAUCAACUCUUCGGUGAUUCAAAGAGAACCCAGUGGCCUCACGAUUUAUCUAGGUGAUGCCCGUAUUGAGCAGCGCUUGAACGGUGAUGUAAAUCUCUCAUGGAUGCAUGGAUAUCAAGCCAACUCACUGGUUGUUUCACCCCUCACCGGCGGUGUCAGUUUGUCGACCAAGAAUCUGGAAAUCAUUGCCACACCGAAAAAUGAUAUCUACAUCUCAUUUGCGGACUUCUUUGUUCAUGCAGAAGCUCAGCAAAUGACCGUGAGCAGUGGUGCAGUAUCUGGUCGUCCUAAUUACCCAAAAUGCCAUCCUUGUCUUCUCAAGCUGGUCAAUAGCCAUGCUGAGAACCAGAAUGUGCCGCAGUACUGUCCCUACGUGAACCACGCCCAAGGGAGCCCUCCGCAAAGUGGCAACAGACACGGGGUUAAUGGGCGCCAUGAAGGAGGAGGUGGUGGUCUGAAUAACGGAAAGGGUGGCAGUGGAAUUAACGCGCCACCAACGGAGACUCCAGCGACGCCAGGUUGCACCUUGGAAACCGAGGAAAUUGCUGGGUCAUCGUGUGAGAGCAGUUGUGCCAGCGUGUCACAUCCCACUGACGCGGUGCCAUCGACAGCUGUGAAAAUGAGUUAG